AAUACGACAGGGAAAGGGAAUUCCCUCCCCUCUUUCACUUGUAGAGUUAGGCUUGAGAGGCCUGAGCAACGCUUUGGCGCAUGCUCGAAAUUCACCAGCAAGGAGGAGGUGGUGGCGGCGGGGGAAAAUGGCGGACGGCAAAGGCGACGACGUGAAGCUGAAGCGACCGCGACUUGACGGAGGACCUGAAGAAGAGGCAGAAAAACCUGUGAAAACUAAGACUGUUUCUUCCAGUAAUGGAGGGGAAAGUUCGAGUCGCGGCGUGGAGAAACGGGCAGCUGAUGAAGAAACUGAAGACUUCACCGCAAAGCCUGCUCCUGCCAAAAUGUCCAAGUUUGGGUUUGCCAUAGGCACACAGAUUGCAAAGAAACCACCUACAAUAUCCAUCAAACUUGGAGCAAAUAAACCUAAAGAACCUACUCCGACCCUUGCUCCAAAAACACUUUCUGUAGCAGCAGUCUUCAAUGAAGAUGAAGAUAGUGAGCCUGAAGAGAUGCCUCCAGAAGCAAAAAUGCGAAUGAAGAACAUUGGAAGGGAUACUCCAACUUCAGCAGGACCAAAUUCUUUUAACAAAGGCAAGCAUGGAUUUUCUGACAACCAGAAGCUAUGGGAACGAAACAUGAAAAGUCACCUUGGAAAUGUCCGCGAACAAGAUGAAUAAGUUGUGUUUUGAAAUUUGGGUGUUGGGGAAAUGGGAGGGUGUGACAUAAAGGAAUGAUUUCCUUUUUUUUAGAGCGGUAUAAGGCUGUUUUGGGUACCACUUUUAAAGUUUCUAGUGGUCCACAAAAAGCUGAGUUUAAAAGUAGAGGUAAUUUAUGUUUUGUAUACAGAUUUCAAAGCAUUUGCUAAUUUUGUAGCUCCAUGCAAUUAAUUUCACAAGGUUAUGGAAAAUAAAGACAUUGGAAGUGGUA